GGGAGUUUGAGUGGCAAAGCAAAGCAAGCAGAGUCUACACAGUACCUUUACUUACAUUUCACCUUGAGAUAAAGGCAUUAAGAUACAUGGGUAUAUAGACUACUUUGCAUAUAGCCUAACGUUACUCUACUAUGAAGCCAUCUCCCGAUUCAGACGAGGAUGAGGAGUUGGGAGCGUAUCAAAGGAAACUGCGAGAAAAAGCUAACCGCAGCAUCCAGCAGCUCAGCACUGUAUUGGACCGAAGUUCCGAGUCAGAGGGAGUGGUGGUGGUGGACAGACAGGCAAACUCGGAUGCAGACCACAGUGUUAACGAUUCAUCGCAUCAACAACUCCAGGAAAGCGAAGCAGUUUCUCAGCUGCGGUCACUUCUGCAAAAACAGCCAAGAGAAACAGUCAAUAUCACGCCAUCGAAAAGGAAAUCAAUGCCCAAGAAGUCUCCCGAGGAGGUGAAAGACGACUUGCCUGCCAUGCAAGAUCUAGUGCCCAUCCUUCACAACCAGUCUGAUUACAUUCGGCAGCUGGAGGCUGAGGUCAACUUCUGUAAGGAGGAGCUUGUGGGCAUGAAGCAGAGGGUGCGAGUGGUGAUUGUUGAGAAUGAGAGGCUACACGAGGAACUCAAAUCCAAAGUAGUUUCAGAGACAUUGAGGGACCACAGCACAAGGAGUCCCGUGACCCAGCUGAGCAGCCCAGAGAGGACCAUGAAGCCCAGAGCCGCCCCCAGAACCCUUCACCCCGCAGAGGACCAGAAGUGGAGGAAAGAGCUGGACCAGCUGAAGACUCUCUAUCAGGCUCAGUUGCAGACACUGGAGGCACAGGUGAUGGCUCUGAAGAAGGACUUGGCGACAGCCCAGAGGGAGAGUGAGGAGGUCAAAGGUCGCCUGCGGCACCGCGAGGCCAUGAUGGCGGCGUCGGCGGGUCAGCCUCAGGUCGGGGGGCUGUGCUUGCGUUGCGUCCAGCACGAGGCGGUUCUGGCGGAGACUCACACCAACGUCCACACACAGGCCAUCGAGAGGAUCACCAAAGAGCGUGAUGAGCUGAUGACGGUGCUGUGCACACUACCCGGUCAGGCCGAGGCUCAGCAAAGAGAGUGGAGCUCCUACCAGCAGGUCAAGCAGGCCGUGGAGAUGGCCAAGGAGGCCAACCUGGAGAAGACUCGGGCGGAGGUGCAGUGUGAGCAGCUGCGUAGCGAGCUGUGUCGUCAGCGGGAGCGUGUGGAGCAGGAGCUGCAGGCCCAGCAGCACAGGAUCUCCCAGGCCAGAGACGCCGCGCAGCAGCAGGCCAGCAAGGACAAGGAGCAGCUCGCCCAGACGGUGGGCAGUCUGUCUCAGAGGGUGGCUGAGCUGGAGGGACUGAUGGAACGCGCUGACCGAGAGAAGGCCUCUCUGUCUGGACAGCUGGAGGAGACCUACCACAAACUGACCAAUCAGGAGGCAGACAACAGCAAGGUGUGUGGGGAGCUGCGGUACCUGCUGAGCCAGGCCCAGCUGAAGAGAGAGGAGGCUGAGAGAGAGCUGAGGGACUCCAACGCCAAACACACACGGCAGAUAGAGCUCUCUCAACAGGAAGAGGAGCGUCUGGGUGUGGAGCUGGGUGUGUGCCGUGCUGGUCUGGAGGAGGCCCAGAGGGCGCGUAGCCGAGCGCAGGAGGAGGCCGUGGGUCUGGAGGAGCGGCUGGGCCGUACUGAGCACCAACUGCACCUCACCAGGCAGGAGAAGGAGGUGUUGGAGCGUUGCCGUGGCGAGGACGUGGCGGCGUUGACCUUCCAGUGGCAUCAUCGUGAGCUCCAGCUCACCCAGCAGCUCCAGCAAAUGGACACGCAGCAUGAGCGCACCGUUGGUGAGAUGGAUGCCCUGCUCAGCUCCCAGAACGACCUCAUCGUCCGGCUGAAGGAGGAGUGUGGAGGUCUCGGCCAGAAGCUGGAGGAAGUCACCGAGAGCAGCAGGUUAGAGGUGGAACAGCUGACUGCUGAGAGAGCUUACCUGCAGGAGAGUGUAGAGAAGUUGAAGGCUCGCUGUCACGACAUGGAGGAGCAGUGUGUUCAACACGGCAGGAUGCACCAGCGCAUGAAGAAACGGCUGCAGCAGUUGGAUCAGCACUGUCAGUCCAGUGCCCAGCAGGUGAUGGAACUCCUGGGGAAACAGAACCAGCUGAUGCAGGAGAGACAAGAGCUGGCCCAAGAGAUGCAGAACCUACGCAUAAACACACAGGUACACACACAGACACCUGCAGCUGGACAGUCUGACUCGCCCUCCACCUGAGACCAAGACCGUUUGGGACUUUGUGUAUUUGUUUUGGUAUUUCGUUUGUUUUGAGUACAUCACAUCUCAGAAUAACAACACAAACAGGUCCAUGUUAUAUUAACAAAGUGCUGUUUCAAGAGUAACCAAACAAUUUGAUGUUGUUAUUUUGAGGAAGUGGCUUUUCAGAAUAACCCAGCAGUUUUUUAGUUUUGUAAUGCUAACGCUGAUUCAGUGCAGUGCUUUGACGCUACUGAGUGAUCCACUGAAAUAGGACUGGAGCAGCGUUGGCUCAGUGCCUCCUGGUUUCAUCCGAGUAGAAGGCAAGUGUGUGUGCAAGCAUACUGAGACCCUGCUCUUGCCAAGUUUCACUAAACUGCUAUAACCCUGCAGAGGCAACAAGGUGCAUCAGGCCAGAUCAUCGGUAUAGACUGUGUGUGUGUGUGUGUGUGUGUGUGUGUGUGUGUGUGUGUGUGUGUGUGUGUGGAGUUGUGUUAGGCCACCAAAGAGUUGCAGGUUCAAUGUAAGAGGUUAGAGGUAGACAAGGGGAGGUUCUUCAGCUUUGUCCCCAGCUCUGGAGGCUCGUUGCUGGGGCAGCCUGCUGGGGUUUUGGCCUCUCCGGUUCUCUCUCUGUGGGGGUGGAGCUGGUCCUCCGUAUAAAACAGUAUAGAACACUUCCAGUGUCUCAGGGCUCCAAUUAUACCCUCACUAUGUGUCGUAUGUAUUGUGUAGCACAGCAGAACAAGUUAGAUAUGAAUUUGUAUAGAAACAGGACCAAUCAUAUAUGAAUUUGUAUUGACUAAUAAUAAUAUUGUCUAAAAUGAGAAACUUUAAAAAAAAAACUUUCGUAAACCAUUUUUGUAUUUUUGUUUUUAAAUCAAAUGUUUUUUUUUUCUUUUAAAUAUGUAGUGUAUAUUGUUUUACAAAAUAAAAAUCACUGAUUGAAUUCCC